GACCACAAAACCACUGUCCAGUUUGGUGAGGCAAACUUGGCACUCACACCAGCUGAGCACACGUGGAUAAAGCGGAUCAGGCUCCUAAAGGCCAGGAUGUUGGUKCAGAGCAAAUACCUGCUCUUCACUAUUGGCGGCCAGAAUUUCCGCAACAUUACCAGAUAUUUGAGGCAGGCAUGGAGACAGAUGGGGCUGAAGGGUGAUAUUAAUUUCACCCUGAUCUGCACUGCCAUUUCCAACUGCGCCAAGAAAACCCUGCCUCCAGACCAGGGCAAAUGGGUCAGCUUUAUGAUGUGUCAUGACACUAAAACGGCUGACAAAUAUUACACCAAAAACCCAGGCAUGAGCGAGACUCUGGAAGUCAGGGAACUGGUAAAGAACAUGAUGGUUUCCCCAUCCCAUGAAAGCAGUGGUGGUGAGACCCUCCCUUCGACCUCAGGCACGGCACCAUCUGCUGAAGAGAGAUCCUCACGAGCCCCUCGCGGAGACAGACGGGGAAAGAACAAAAGGUCAUCGUCCCCAGACAGUAACAGCAGCUCCGACCCUGAUAAGAACACGCCGGUCGUUUACCAGGAGUCGGGGACUUCCUCCGCUGAAACUGAAAUCGACCCUGAGACCGACGCUGAGACUGACACUCAACAACAACGCAAGGCAGAGACAAAAAACAAAAAACUACUUGUACCAUGCUCUGUAAAAAUAAGUCCAUAUAAAAUGGCACUCAGAAAGCUCGAGAAACAAACAGAGAGCAGCAAGAUAGUGCACCACUUAUUGGAAAAAAUACCUGCAGGUAUGAUUUAAUCUGUUUCUUUGUUCCCUGUAGUUCGUUUUGUUCUUGGAGUUCAAGCAGUGUUGAGUUUUUUAUCCCAAAUAUUUGAUAACUUUUACAGUGUACUGUUGUAAAAUUAUUUUCUGGAAAUUUAAAAAUGGUUCAUUUUUUUUUAUUUAUUUAUUUUACAAAAGUUUAAGUUGUAUUUAUUUUUUGAUGAGAUUUUUUUGUAAGUUUUAUAGUGUACUGUUCUGAAAUUGUUUCUAGGUAAUUUAAAAAAGUUUCAUUUUUUAUUUUAUUUUUUUUUUACAAAAAUUUAAGUUGAAUUUACUUUUGGAUGACUUUUUUUGUAAAUUUUAAAGUGCACACUUGUUCUUAAAAAUGUUCUUAAAAUGUUCUUAAAGUGUA